GGAACGGAAGACACGGAGUUCUCCGAGCGGCAGACCGCGUCUCCUAGCAACUCGCCAGCAACACCCGGAAGUGGCUUGAAUGUCACGAGGGUCCGGCCCGCUGUCUGUUUGACUGGGGUAUUACAUUCUUCCAGGAUUGCUGUCAUGGUUCUUAAGGUCUUUUUCCCCUCUUGCUGUGCCACAGCAGAAAGUGGCCUUUUGGUUGGCCGUUGGAUCCCAGAACAGAACUCUGCUGUUGUCCUCGCUGUGGUCCACUUCCCUUUUAUUCCUGGCCAGGUGAAGCAAUAUCUCUCUGAAGUCCAGCGGGUGACUCAGAUCAAUAUGUGUGUGCUGGGCUCAUGGAGUAACAGCAAACAGGAGAAGGAAGAGGUCCUGGACAAGUUCCUGGAAGAUCUCAGCACAAUCUUUUCCCAUGAGCCCUGGAUACAGCUCAGCAAAGAGAGAGACAGCAAGUUUUGGAGCUGCUGUAUCUUUCAGAAAUACCCUAGCAGCCCCAAGGAAGAUGAAUUCAUCUUAGUAUAUUAUGACCAGCGCAAAGUAAUGCUUUCACAGCUGCAUCCCACCGACAACCUGACCACAUCUGCUGAUCAUAAGGGAAAUGAUGCCUCAAAACUAGGUGCUGUGUUUGACACCGUUGCAAAGAGCAAGGUACUGUUCAUGACAGACAGAUACGAUGAUGGGCCCAUCAAGCUGACUCACUGGCAGUCAGAAGGAGUGGAAGCCAGUAUAAUCGUGGAACUGAUGAAGCAGGCUUCUGUGCCUGUGUGUAUGCUGCUGACAUUCCUGCUUUCGCUUGUCUCCAGUGUCUGUAAAAGCAGAGUGCUGAAGUUUUGGCCUUUGUCUUUCAUCUGGAGUAAACUCUCAACUUGUGAACAGUUGGGGCACCGACUGGAGCACCUCCAGAUCAUCAGCAGCAACAGGAAGGCUCAGAACCAGACCCAGCUAAUGAGGAAAGCCAAUAUCUUUGUUUCUCUCCUCAUUGACAUGGCUCUGGGAAUACUGCUAAUGUCCUGGCUGUACAGAGAGAAUCGGAUUGGUCAGCUUGCCGACACUCUCAUCCCAGUGGCUGAUCAUAUAGCCAAAGAGCUCCAGGACCUGCUUCAGUGGCUAAUGGGAGUGCCAGCCGGUUUAAAAAUGAACCGGGCUUUGGACCAGGUGUUGGGCCGGUUCUUCCUUUACCACAUUCAUCUGUGGAUUAGCUAUAUCCACCUGAUGUCUCCAUUCAUUGAGAUGAUCCUUUGGUAUGUUGGCCUGUCAGCCUGUCUGGGCCUGACUGUAGCGCUUUCCAUCCUCUCUGACAUCAUUGCACUCCUGACCUUCCAUAUCUACUGCUUCUAUGUCUAUGGAGCCAGGCUCUACUGCCUGAAGAUCUAUGGCUUGUCAUCUCUCUGGCGCCUGUUCCGCGGGAAGAAGUGGAAUGUCCUGAGACAGCGGGUGGAUUCCUGCUCCUAUGACUUGGAUCAGUUAUUCAUUGGCACUUUGUUAUUUACAAUCCUGCUAUUUCUUCUGCCCACGACUGCACUGUAUUACUUGGUGUUUACCUUGCUCCGUCUGCUGGUGGUGGUUGUGCAGGGCCUGAUCCAUCUGCUCGUGGACCUCAUUGACUCUCUGCCCCUUUAUUCAGUUAUCCUUCGGCUCUGCAGAUCCUACAGACUUGCAGCUAGCGUGAAGUUCAGAGUCCUUGAACAGAAGGCUGGAAAACCCCUUCGACUCUUAAUGCAGAUAAACCCUCUGUCCUAUGGCAGCGUGGUGCAGACCUACAGGCUCACAACCUAUGCUUGUUACCCUAAGGAUUCCUGGAGCUCUCUGUGCAAGAAGCUGUUUGUUGGAGAGCUGAUCUACCCUUGGAAGCAUAAAGGGGAGAAGCAGGACUAAAGGGAAGCAAACGAGCCAGGCCUGAAAGAAUGAGCCAAAAAACACCAUUCAAACCCACUCGCUGCUCCCAGGACCAGUGAGCCUGGACCCAGCAGCUGCUAGCUGGGACAAUGCUAUCAAAUCCUCUGUUGAGACUUUGGUAAUAUGCAAGGAGGGGCUGCAUUUUAAAUGGGAGUGUUUUUAUAUCAGUGGUUCUCAAACUUUUGUACUGGUGACCCCUUUCGCAUAGAAAGCCUCUGAGUGCGACCCUCCUUUAUAAAUUAAAAACACUUUUUAUAUAUUUAACACCAUUAUAAAUGCUGGAGACAAAAGGGGGCUUUGGGAUGGAGGAUGACAGCUCACGACCCCCCACAUAAGAAUCUUGUGACCCCCUGAGGGAUCCCGACACCCAGUUUGAGAAUCCCUGUUUUAUACAAUUUCCUUCAGCUUUCCCCUACCUAUAUGGCCCCACCCAGCUGACUUGGUUUCCAGGCUGUUCUCUGUUAAUGAAGUGUUAUUCCGCCCUAGAUUACACCGUUCCUGCCUGGCAGCAAUAGGGACUAGAGGUUUAACCCUUCAGUACCUCUCCACAGUAGCAUACCAUGUAAGCCAGGGAGUAGCUCCUGAUCAGCCUGAUGGUCUGUUAGUCUUUCCAUGCAAGUUCAUGGGGCCUGGGGCCUGAGGGUGAUUAAAGCCAAAACACUGAGGUGGAUUAUUA